AUGCCAAAAACCAUUAUUGCGUUUGAUAUGUACGGCACAUUGUUGUCUACAGACUCCAUUGCCAAGCAGCUGGACACACACUUCGGAGCUCAAGCAUCAUCUAUCUCGACCCUUUGGCGCCGAUAUCAGCUGGAAUAUACAUGGAGACUGAAUAGCAUGAACAAAUACGAAAAUUUCUACACCGUCACCCGAAACUCGCUGCAACAAGCACUAAAUGAGCACGGUCAACAACUCCCGGACAAAGACAUCCACGCUAUAAUGGAAGCAUAUAACAGACUAUAUACAUUCCCGGAUGUAAGCUCAGCGCUCAACAGAAUCGCAAAUGACUCGACCCUUCACGCUGUAAUAUUUUCCAAUGGUACGAGAGAUAUGAUCUCAAACUCGGUGAUGCACUCUCCAGACUUAUCCCAGCACGCCAGUGUAUUCCAGGACCUUAUCACCGUCGACGAUGUGAGAACAUACAAACCAGCACCUGCCAGCUAUCAGCAUUGUGCCCGAAUGGUCGGCAAGCAGCCUUCCCAGAUGAAUGAGAUAUGGUUGAUCAGCUGCAACGCGUGGGAUAUUGUGGGGGCACGCAGCGCUGGGCUGGAGGCAAUUUGGAUUGAUCGCACUGGCACAGGGUGGCAAGAUGCUGCUAUUCCGGAGCUGAGGCCUACAGCGAUCGUUCAUAGUUUGGAGCAGGUUGUGAAAGAGAUCAAGGAACAUCAGGGAUCAAUUUCCCAUUGA